UUCCUCCUCCCGUCCGUGGAUAGAGGCGAAACAGGCGCGAUGGCGGCGAGAAGGGUUGCGAUCCUCCUUCGCUCUUCCCUCGUCCGGCCUGUCUCUCGCGGUCUCCCUACCUUCUCCUCCCUAAGUAAUCCUCCUCAUCCUCCUCUUUCCCAGCUAGAGUUGUCGCCGCCUCUCAUGACCUCGCCUGUUUUGCCUCGUCGCUUCUCCUCCGACCGUUUCCUUCUCUCCUCCCGACCCUUCUCCUCCGAUUCCGGUCCGUCGAACGUUGUUCUUCUUCAAGAUGGAGAUCAGGUCACUGCUGCGCUCGAAAAGGCCAAAGAUGUGAAGUUGCCGGCCAUAUUUUACUUCACGGCUAUGUGGUGUGGACCUUGCAGGGCCAUAGCCCCAGUAAUCGAACAAUUGAGUCAUGAAUUCCCACAUGUCACUACAUAUAAGAUUGACAUUGAUCAGGAGGGCCUUGGAAGUAUACUGAGCAAUCUUCAUAUUUACUCUGUGCCAACUUUUCACUUUUUUCAUGAUGGUCAAAAGGCUACUGAAGUUGUCGGUGCUGAUGUUCAACGACUGAAGAACACAAUGGAAAAUCUCUACAAGCAAGAAUAAGGAGAAGAGGUGACCGGGAAGAAAGCAUUUUUCUACAAUGGAAGAACUCGAUGAAAGUAUCAAAGUAUCAACUUUCCAUCUUGGCUGGUUGUUGUUGCUCUUGCUUGCUUCUAUUACAUGUUUACAACAAGCUAUAGCUCGUCUUAAACAGAUUUGAACAACGAAAUGUUACAGUAACAAAUGGAUAGCUUAACUAUCCAUUUCUUCA